GUGGACCGUGGACGGCUAAAUAGUGGACUUUGAAUGAGUGGACUCGACACAAGUUUUUCGGUCCACUUCUAGGUUUUUGAUUACUAAAAGGUGGACCAAAAAAGUGGACCAGACUCUAAAUCAAUGACAGUGUUUGUAUGUACUCGAGGGGUUCACCACUAAAAAUUUUUUCGUACAUCCUGCCAAAAGUACACGUUAGUCUGGGAGCUGGGCAACCAAAUAAUGUUUUUUAUUUAACAAAAGGUUUGAGGCUAAAAGAUGGUUGGGGGGGAGGGGGUAUGACACGCACGAAAAGCACAGUCUGUCGACUGGCGGCCGGGGCGUUCAAGCGUGACGCGAUCCCGAAGUCGGUGGGAACCGUAAAAAAAUCAACUUUGUUUAGCAAGCCAAAAUUUUCUCUAGGGAUCAAGUUAAGAUUAUGUUGAUGCCAAUUUCUUACCACAUAGGGACAUCAAUUUGUUCUUUUUUCAUUUUUAAACAGUAUGUGGUAGCUAGGAUGGUAGAACACUAGAUUACAAAGAGAUUGUUACGGUGAGGUACGGUGUUCGCGUCCCGUAUAAUUCCCCUUUUUUUUUAAAUUUAACUUUUUUUAAAUAGAUUUAUCAUUUCACAAUGAAAAUAUUUUUAUUAGCAAACCCAACGUUCUUAACGUAGAUAAUUUAAUUACUAUGGAAAAAGGAAAAGAGCGACGAACGAAAGGACUUAGAAAAAAUUCCAAAAUAUUUGCGUUUUCUGUUUCUUUUUCUUUCACGCCGGAAUUUUUUGUUUGUAAGAAAAAGAGGCUCGCCGUUUCCCCGCGUUUCUCUUACCUAUGUCUGGCAUCAAAAUGGUUUAGAUUUAACACAAUUUAAUUUAAAUUUAGGAGACCACGCUUUAGUAUGUAUAGUGGACUUUCUAGGUUACUAAUAAGUGGACUCCGGUGAGCUAAGUCCACUCAUUCAAAGUCCACUAUUUAGCCGUCCACGGUCCACGGUCCACGUCCGCAUUUUAGUCACACCCAGAAAAUUCCGUGAAUAACAAGAGUCGUAUCAACGUUCUGUCGAGUCGUAAACUACAAACGGCCAUCAUUGCAUUUUCAUAACUUAGUCUGGAAGCUUAGUCUUUUGAGUUGUAUCGGAUGCAUCGGGUCAUUUCUCCAACGCGCAUGCAUACAUUUGAAAAAUAAUGCCUAAAGUAUGAGAAGUCGAAUCUCUGGUCCAACUUUGUACGGACUGCAUUCAAAAAUCGAUUGAGAAUAUUAAAUUUCCAUCUGAUGUUUCAGCAACUAAGAGAGAAGGAAAUACGUUCAGAAUGAGCCAUCCGAUCUAUGAACUAAUUAAAUCUAUUUUUAAACUCUCUGUUAGCUGCAUUAAAAUAACGAUUGAAUGUAGAAAAUUUGUGCCAGACCUAUCGACAACUAUAAGAGAGAGCAAUGCGAUCAAUGUCAAUUCUGAAAUGGUUAGCGAUCCAUUUCAUAAAUUACUCGAAUCUGUGUUGAAACUCGGUGCAUGCUACAUAAAGAAAACGAUUGAGAAUAAGAAAUUGGCAUCCGACCUAUCAGCAGCAACCAAGAAAAAGGACGAUACAAUCAUUCUCAGUUCAGUAGAAACAAAAAAUCCAUUUCCUCAAUUACCUGUCCCUCUUUUGGAGAAGAUCAUUAAGUCUCUUACCAGCGGAAGAAAAUCAACACAUGCAAAUAUUCUAGAACAACUCAUCACCUCACAACUUCAACAUUUGACAUUAUCUUUUUACUCUGAAAGUUACUUGAGUUUAUUUCCCAAGCUGGAAAAUCUGAUAAUUCUUAACCUUGAAGACACCGGAGUAGGAAACGACUGUUUGAAAAGCAUUGGGAUUUACUGUUCCAAAUUAAGGUGGCUGAAUGUGACAAGAUGCGUUAAGGUGACAGACACUGGAAUUCAAUGGCUCUGUCGCAAGGCUGAUUUUCCCGAGAUGGGAAAUGAAAAAUCGGGACUUUGUGAGACUCUGAAAAGACUAGAUCUUAAUUGCACUAGUGUUACACAGUGGGGAAUUCAAAUGGCUCUCACGCAUUUACUGUCUUUAGAGGUAAUUAAUCAUUAUGAUACCUUUGAAGCCUUGUUAGAAUUGGCUCAGUCAGCGGAAGAUUCAAAGCGUGUUGAUUGUUUCAACGGUAAAUUGUCCGUACUUAUUCUGCACACCACUCGUAAUAAGCCUUAUAUAAACGGUAGCCUUCAAGUAGCACUCUCCAUGUGCAAUUCACUCACUCGUGUCACAAUCUACGCAACCAGGGGUUUUAAAGACAGUGACCUUUUGGGCUUAAUUGUAAUUAAGGUGCUCCGCGGAUUAAAAAUCUUAAGGUCUGAUUCGAAUGCAUUCGAUGAAAUGACCUUUGAAGGUGGCUUAUGUUCACUUCUCAAGGUAAUUGGCAACUCUUUGGAAGCGUUUGGCACUGAUUGUUUCGAUUCAAUCUGUAUUCCGACCAUAGCCGAGUUAUGUCCCAAUUUGACUGCUCUUUAUUUCAAAGACGCCGGAGGCAUGCUUAUUGAAAACGAAUUAAUAAACCUUCAAACGGAAAGGAAUCCAAACAUUUUUAAGAAAUUAACUCAUGUUUAUUGUUGGAGUAUUCCAUCCGAUAUCUUACUUUUUUUGUUAUGUUCUCCUUUACUUGAAGACAUUCGGUUUUUUUACUGUCGAUCGUUGACCGAUGAAGUCUUACGUAGGGCAGCCAAUUGUCAUGGAUUUCAUAAACUUGAAAUUCUGCAUCUACGAAAUUGCCACGUGGUGUCGGAGUAUGGUAUUAAUGUUUUACUUCAAGAUAAUAUCCCACUUAAACAAACUUUUUUUAAAUCUUGUUAUAAUCUGGGUUUGCAUACCCAUUCAAAUUGGCUGUCGCGGAUUCUUAAAAAAAAAAGGAAUUUAAAACGCUUUUUUAUUCAAUAAAAUGUCUUCGAUAAAA